AUGAAACGUUUUUCCCAAAUUCUGUGCGUAGCCUUUUUGGUGGCGCAGGUAAGAGGCCAAAAUUGCGUUGAGGAGGCGUUAAACUGCGAUGACCCCGUUCCGACCAUCUUUAAGUUGGGUGAUCAAUCGUGUGCUUGCAACAGUGCAGGUCAUGCCGGAGCACUGAAAUUCUUAAACAGCAAGGUACAAGUUUGCUUGGGAAACGAGUGGAAGACCUUUCAGUUUGUAGAGGACAUCGAAUACGGCACCGAGAAGAAUCCUGGUUCAUCCUGUAAAGAUAUCAAGGAUAAAGCUGUUGGAAAACAGCUUAGCAAUGGAGUCUUCUGGAUCAAACUGCAAGGUAUUGUUAAGAUUUCAGAUGAUUUAUUUUCUUUUCAGCCUCGAGUACAGUUCCCAACUAUCUCUUUUAAAGGUUAAGGGCAUUGAAAUCUAGGGAAUCGUAAAGUAAAAUAAUGCACUGAUCAGUGUGAUUUGUUCAUAGGUUCAUGCCUCAUACCGCGUAAGGCCAACUCUCGAGCCUUUAUUUGAGAGUUUCAUGGGUAUUUUAAUCAAUGGUACCUGUCUUACUGACUCUCUCAUUUCGGUAUCCUUUAUUGCAUAAGCACAAAUCCAAAAUUGGCUUUAUAGAUUUGUAAAGGCCAUGUGUUUAGUAUCGUUUAGUAUCGGAGUAGUUGCGAGCUUACUCUUUAUUGCUACCUACAAUACACCUUAACGAGAUUGACUCAGCAAUUAUUCAAGUUUUACUCUGAGGUUGUUUUUUAGGUUAUUUAAGUUUUCGAGACUGCACUCUUUUCAUGAUUAACAUUUAAUCAAAAGGCAUAUUAUUUUCAGCUCGAAGUUCAUAAGUCGGGCAAAAGGUUUCAAUAUUGCAUGACACAUUUUUAGCGAGAUACCUAAGAUACACAACAUUCCAAAAGCUUAAUUAUCAUUCAUCAUCAGCGACUGAAUCAACUUAGCAGGGUAAUCAAACCUUUUUUUAUCUUUUGUAAUGGAUGAAUGAAUGCAUGUCCUCUAACGUAUUCACUAGCGACCUAUUUUUCACUUCCUUGGCAUAAUUUUUUUCCAAUAGGCGUUUCGGGUGCUUUUCCAGUUUAUUGCGACAUGGACGCAGGAGGUAAGCGUAUUCUUGUGGCACCGAAUAAGUUCUAUGUAAAAUAAUCAGUGAUGAAAACUGAAGAAAACAAUCGUAGAAUCUUAAGGUUUUGUCAAAUAUCAGUGGGUUUCGUUAAAAAUUUCUUAAAGUAGCGUUCACAAACAGCUAUUACUUUGUUUAUCGCAUAGAACUGAAUUGGCGAAAAAAUUAUUUUUCGCGUCAUGCAGCUCUUUCAAAAAAAAACCAAAACAAAACAAAUAUUCAUAUUAGCGUGCCGCGAGGAACUCUGGAAAGUCUGACUUGCCCAACGGACUUCCGCUUUAGUCUGUUCCUUAGAUCAUGAUACUUUUAUAGACGGAGAUAAAAAUUAUAUGAUUUCUGGAGGCUCAAGGUUCAGAUUCAGUUUUCCAAACUUCGGGCAACCGGCCAUAUAUUUCAUGUUAUUCAUUACUAGGUUGGACCUUGGUAUUCAAGGCAGUGAGUGGUGUUGAUAAGAAGAUCUGGGACACGUAUAAUUCGGCCCAGACCUCUUCCGAGUCAGUUGAUGCUGCCCUUGAUGUCACAAACAAGUUCAAAGAUCACUACAAGAAUAGAGUGGUGUUAAACUGGAGUAGCUUCAAUCCAUCUCAGGUUAUGAAAGUCAAAAUUUUACUUCAGGCUUAAACUUUGUAACAGGCUUAAAUAGGAUUCAAAACCAUUGAGCCAAUCUGCAGUACCCAAACAUCCCCCUGACCUCGCCCAAUAAUCCUUCACGCAUCAAUGAAAGCUUUAUUUUGACAUUCACUUCAGUUUUGAAUAACUGCAAUGAUCUUUUCUUGGAAAAGAGCUCGCCUUUCGGAAUAGAAGAUGUCUGCGUAAAAAUAUCUGAGCAUACAAUUGGAGGCUUUGGUGUAUUUCUAUAAAACUUCAAAAUUAACAUCCACGACACUCGAAGGUGCAAUGCUAUUCAUACCUCCAAAAUUUUAUCACGAUCCUGUUUAGCCCCAAUUUUCGCUAAAACUUAUAUUUAUUUUGACAUUUCAAUUAAUCAAGUACUCUUAACCCCUAAAUGAUUUUUUUGAGAAUUAUAAUUAUGUAUUUUUGAGACUUAAACUUCGUUCCACCUGUGGAAUGAUGAAUUCGAUUUGCCCCCCUCAGAUAGCAUUUUAGUCAAGUUUUUCACUUGCAGUUUUAAAAGUGUUUUUUUUUUUUUUCAAUUCUGAACUGAAAGAAGGUCAUUCAUUCACCGGUUCAUUCAAUCAACUCUUCCAUCCAUCUGUUCAUUCAAUUUCGUUCAUUCGCUCACUCACGUCAUGCACUCGUAUAUUUCCCUCAUUCUAUUUUAUUCAUCCAUUUAUUCAGGCAAAAGUGGUCCUGUACACAGGUGCAGCCAGUCAAAAGGAACUCCUUUUUAACGCAGUUGGAACGGACAAACUGAAUUGGUUCUCCGUGGGUAAACUUGUUUCCUCCUCAUGGACUGAUAUCAAGAGCGAACCAAGGAACUACUUUUCAAUUCGGGGAGGAUGCGGUGGCGGAAAUUGUCGGAGCUUUUUCAUUAACCGGAACUAUGGCGGGUGUGGGGUGGAUGCUGGAUGGCUGGUAACCCCUGGCGUGUGGUGCUCGUGGGAAACCAAUGCUGACCACACCAAAAGAGUCUUGUACAGCAAGCUAUCUACGUAUACCGAUUGGAAUGUCAAAAGUAAGUACUCCAAAGUCAUUCAUUUAUUGAUUUUGUUUUAGCGUUUCUGAUCAUGUGACUUUUUCAGAGGAGCCCAGAAACUGGAGACAUUUCAAACACAAAGGUUAUCUAAUUACGGGUUUCCUGUUGAUGAAGGUUUUUCUUUUGAGCUUUAUCAAAAGAGUCAUACGGUUUUACUGAAAACAACGUGAUUUAAUGGCUUGUGCGAAUUAGUAUAACUCCUGUAAGACAACUUGGCUCCAACAUCCUAAAGCAUGCACACCAUAUCGCCAUUACAACGUUCGCGCAGACGUUUGACCUCUGUGUGGGGCCAGAAGUUUUAUAUUAGAACUUUAAGGCGUCAUGGACGGCGCGUUUACAAGCACAGAAACAUUGCCGAACAUUUUUGUACGAUGAGAUCGCGAAAACAGAUCUGAUCAACUUGAUUGUGUUCGUAUGAAGAAGCUUAAAAACGAGGGACCAAAAAUGGAAAAAUAGAAUUCUUGCAAUAUUCAUUUUCAGCUUAACUCCUCAGGUGAUAUAAGGAAUGUGUGUUCCCUUAAUGGUCAUGGAUUGGUUGAUAUCUUAUGAGUCUAUAACAUCCAUAGUAGUAACCCGUACAAGGUGAUUACGAUACCGAGGAAAUACUUUCAAGAAAAUGUUUUCUCCUCUUGUCACGAGUAUGGAACGAAAGAAAAAAUUUCUCGAGUCCACUACGAGAAAUCGAAAACCAGACCUUAGGAUUCCGCGCUCUAAUGUUCUUUCACAAUGAGCCUCAAAGUCAGGCCAUCAGUAGCUUCAUAUCUGAUACGCGUCCUGCGUACUGCUAUAAUUAGCAAUCAAAAUUUGCGCAGUGUAAUUUCUUUUCGAUCCUGAAUAAGUAACGGAGGACGUUUUUACCUGCCGUAGGAAAUCAUCAUAAGAAAAUAGAUCUGUUUCCGGACAAGAGAACAUUUUUGAGCAACAGUUAAAGAUGGCUGAUAACUUAGAGUAACAAUCACUCGUUCACCUCUUAAGUAUUUUCGUUAUUACCUGUCUUUAAGGAUCUUAAGCAAACCACGACUGCGACGGCAACGAGGAUGUAUGAAAAACAAAAGAUUUAUUAGGCAGAACAAUAGCUCAGCUCGUUCGUUUUAAAACUUUGUACAUUUCCUAGCUUUUCUCGGAAAACAGCAACGUGAAAUCACCAAAAUAUGCGUCUAAGGUCUAAGGUCUAAGGACAGAAAUCUCGACGGCAGAUUAUUCAGGUUUCCAGUUGGAACUCAGCGCUUUUUGACAUACGUUAUGUUGAAGUUGGCGUGUGUCGCUGUAAGAGACGGUAAACAAAUCCUUCCAUUCGCGAAAUUCUUGCCAAAAAUAUCAAUUCAUUUUUAAUCGAGGUUUUCCUCGGCGUUGCUGUCCACCUCGCUUGCCAAAAUGGUCCCUACUGUUAAGGAAUGCUUUGUAUCUCUCUCCCUUUUGAGUCUCCCCGUUUUCCUCAAAUUGUUGGUCUCUGAAGACACCCAAACUGUUCUGAGAAAACAAACACUUAAAGAAAUAAAAACUUUGAAAUAAUCACCCCAAAACCAGUUUCUGAACUAAUACAUAUGUUUUCUCAAUAUCACCAGACAAUGUAGGAGUUGCUGAUGUACUGGCCGUUUUCCUGAUGUGAG